UCUUUCCUCACGUGGCUCUGUUUGUACGUGCCGAUGUAAACGUUAUAUAACGUAUUCGUUCCGUCUUGCCAUAGAGCUCGUAACCCGAGUCAUUGCGAUAGUAUCAUCACCAUGCUGAUUUCCCGCACCUUUGCCGCCGCGGCGCUGUUGUUCGCCUCAAACACCAUCUCUACCAACAUCACCGUGCCUGCCGCGCCAGCGCUCGAAUACCUUUACACUGCACUUGUCGAUUGCGAGGCUCGAGUGUUCACUAGCCAAACGCCAAAAGGACUACGCACAGCGAUUCCCAUCGUGGGCGGCAACUUCACUGGCCCACGUUUGAACGGCAAGAUUCUCAAUCUUGGUGCCGACUGGGGUACAUCAGAUCCUCAGACGGGGCUCUUUACAGCAGACACGCGAUACAACCUUCAAACAGACGACGGCGCAAACAUUUUCAUCCAAACUACAGGUACAAGACAGCCUGAUGGCAAUCUACACUUGCGAUUGGUGUUUGAAACUGGCGACAAGGACUACUACUGGUUGAACAACAUCGUUGCGGUGGGGAUAUUACACCGCAUUGCCGUUUAUGCCGACGGUAGCUACACCUUGCAGAUCGAUGCUUGGAACCUUGGCAACGAGUGGACUAACACAACUUUUGUUAACGGAACUACAUACUGAAUGCAAAAAAAUAGAAUGGGCGACAUAAGUUGAAUAGUUCAGAGUUGAAAAGAUCUUUGAAAAGAAUAUCUCAUCUCAACGAGGCUUACCAACUAUUAGCAUGGUAUAAACAAAGCUUUGAAGCAACACUCUUCUAAAAUGUGUUUCUCCCUCUGCAUUCAAAGUGGCUCUGC